AUGUCCGCCGCUGCGAACUCCGCCGCGUACUGGAGAAUCGCCGGGAUGUCGUACUUGAAGUACGCCAACGCGUGCGCAGAAAUCGUUCGAGGCGCGCUCAAGGAGCCGCACUUGUCCAAGGCUCGAGCGCGGGACGCGGUGUACUUUAAAGCGACGAAAUAUGUGAAAGGAUCCCCCGAGGCUGCCGUGAUCACGGAGGUCAUACCCGCGGAAAUACCCAAGUAA